AUGGCUGCCAAUACAUUGAUGAGUUCUGCUGUCACAGCCUUCCCUUCUCUCCUUUCUUCCUCAAAAUCAAGGUUUGCCUCUGCAGUCCCCAUUUCCAGCUUUGGUGUCAAUGCUUCUUCUAGGUUUUCCAUGACUGCAGACUGGAUGCCUGGCCAACCUAGACCCCCUUACCUUGAUGGUUCAGCACCAGGUGACUUUGGAUUCGACCCUCUUCGUCUUGGCGAAGUACCAGAGAAUCUUGAGAGGUUCAAAGAGUCAGAACUCAUUCACUGCAGAUGGGCUAUGCUUGCUGUUCCAGGGAUUUUGGUUCCAGAGGCAUUGGGCUUAGGAAAUUGGGUAAAGGCUCAGGAAUGGGCUGCAGUUCCUGGGGGCCAAGCCACCUACCUAGGCAACCCAGUUCCAUGGGGCACCCUACCCACCAUUCUGGUCAUUGAAUUCCUUGCUAUUUCCUUUGUGGAGCACCAAAGGAGCAUGGAGAAAGACCCAGAGAAGAAGAAAUACCCUGGUGGUGCUUUUGAUCCUUUGGGAUACUCUAAGGACCCAAAAACAUUUCAUGAAUACAAAGUCAAAGAAAUUAAGAAUGGACGUCUUGCCUUGUUGGCUUUUGUGGGAUUCUGUGUUCAACAAUCAGCUUAUCCUGGAACUGGACCUUUGGAGAACUUGGCUACUCACUUGGCUGACCCAUGGCACAACAACAUUGGAAACAUCAUUAUUCCACAAUCGAUUUUGCCUUGA